AGAGCGAGAGUCCGGCUCAUGUUUAGUUCGGAAAAGGCUUUCCUUGGCAAUGACACCCAAAGCUCUCUGGUUCCUGUGCUUGACCUUGGCUUCUGCUUCCUGCAGCUCUAGGACAGGGCCACAGCCGCUUGCUGGAAAGUCCAUCCACUCAUUCAUCAAAGGCGCUAGUGGCCCAGUGGGCUCCACACCCAGCCAGAGCAAGUCUCCAUUAAAAGGCGACAGCAGCAGCAGCACUACCACCACCACCACCAAUGAUCACAUCUGGGACCAGCCGUUCCCUCCAGGUGACCUGCACCAGGUGAAAGCAGUCAACACACACAUGCUGACCUUGGACAAAAAGAAAACGAUCAAAGAUGCAGUAGAGAACCACACAGGCUUGAGGAAGCAGUCUGUUCGACGUGCCCACGGCCUUCCUGCUGAGAGCCACAGACUUCCUGCCCCUUACUUCAGUCAAACAAACCGAAUGCACACAGAUAGACUUCAGCUGGAAGCCGCCAACAGCAUCUCUGCCUACUUCCACCCGCCACCAGCAUAUUCCUAUAAUAAAGACGGAUUGUUGGCAAAAGUGCACACUUUCAAAAACACCCAGUCAGUUGUUGGGCAACACUCUAGCCAUCUGGAUCACCUUAACCGAUCGGGCAAAAAGCCUCCCAACUCCAAACUCAGCAGUUCCCUCCGAAAUGCCACUAGACCCUCCUGGCUCACAAACCAACAAACAUCCAGCUUGCUGUAUAAUUUCAGUGUGUCAAGGAAAGGGUGGAUGAAUCACCACAGCAGUUUCUGCUAUCGCCACAGCAGACAAAUAGAUGCUGACAACAGAGAGGUGUGCCUGAAUGAUUGCAGGAGGGAACAUGCAGAGGUGGAGGCCUACUGUACCAGUGAAUUCGUGGUAAAUGGGAUUGUUCAUGAUAUCGACAUGAUGCAUAAAGGAAUGCAGUUGGUGAUAUUGUUGGUGAACAGUAAUGGGCUAUACAAGAUUAAUCGUCUGUACCUCACUCCAGAUGGCUUCUUCUUCCGAGUUCACAUGCUAGUUGUGGAUGCCUUAAACUGUAGCAAACCUUGCCUAGACUUCAAACUUGGCAGCAGAUACAUUGUGAUGGGUCAUAUCUACCACAGGAGGCGACAACUACCUGUCAUUCUGCAAGAAUAUGUGAGAGGGCGCCUAAGGCCAGGAGAUGGGCUGCUUUGGAGUGGGAGUAGCUACGUGAAAAGAUUCAAUAGAAGGCGGGACCGGCAAGUCCAAGGAGCAGCCCGCACCAAAUGUGGAUGAGGAUGCAGCACAGAACAGAGCACCAUCCCCUCAGGGCUCAACGUGUUUUAGGAGUGCAGUUCCCAGAACAAAAAAGGCCUUCCAUUCACUGCAGUCUAAUGUACUUUCUGUUGUGUUUUUUAAAAUUAUCUCCAGGUUCUGCUUGGUGUGGGGAGAGGGGUGGGGAUUGCUGUGGCACAUGAAUGACUAACCAGGUUACUGAGGCAUGCACUUUCCUUGGCUUCUACCUCCUACCAUCUGAUAGCUACACAAAAGCCACAAUAAACCAGUGUGUGUUUUAAGGCACAACACUGCUGUUACAGAA